AUGUUUUGUUUGCUCAGGUGCAGACUGCUCCUCCGAGUGUAUGAAAUCCGAGAAGAUAGAAUCCGUGAAAGACCAUCUCAACAAGACCUGCAAAAUCGCCAGUAUAGCAACGAUCCGCCUCCGUAUAAUAGGGAUAAUAGCAGUAAUCGUCCUUACAAUAAUUCGAACGAUUAUCGUGGCAAUUCGCAGUACCGUGGACCACCAAUGGGUGGGACUUUCCCACGUGGCGGAAAGUUCUAUAACAAUUAUGAUGAGUACAAUAUGGGACGUUAUCCCCCAUCAGGAGGCCAGCCUUAUCGCGGAAACGGUCCUUAUUACCACAAUGCACCGUAUGGAGGAAGUGGAUACGCCCCUCGUCGAGCGCGUAUUCAUGAAUCGGGGGUGGAGUUACGGUGGAGGACGAAGGUAGUUACUAUGGGAGUCAAGAACUACAGAGAAGUUGACAGCUACCAUCACGAUGAAAGAGAGAAACCGGGUCCAAUUUCUCGCUCGCGGACCGAGUCCACCGCCUUUGAUCCAGAUAGAAGAAGAGUGGAGUUAUCCAGGACGUCGUCUCGUUUGAGCACUAGUACGGAAGAUAUGGAUGCGACCACACAUAGGGUGGCUCCUAAAAAGUUAACCAAUAAGGAUAUCUUUGGUGAGGCUAAGCCAGUCGACACGUCAGAAAGGCUUCGAGAGAUUGAGGCGAAACAAGAGAGGGAACGACUCUUAGAGCAGCAAAAGUACAAGGUAACUGAGGAAGCUGAAGCGGCCCGCUUAGCUGCCGCAGCCGAGCAUCCUGAAGGUACUCCACCGCAUCAUCACCAACAUCAGUACGGAGGUCAUCACGGUCAUGUACCCCGUGAUGGAAUGCAUCAUCCAUCGCAUCACCAGUAUCAUCACGCACCUUCCCGACCUCCAAUUCCACCUCACGCUUCGUACGGUCCGUAUCAUGCCCCACAUAGUGGUAGUCCACAUCCUCAACAAGCUCAUGCAAACGCUACACAGUUCCAUCAGCAGCAGCGGUACGAACCCGCUGGUCCUGGUAGUUACAGGAUCAUGAGACGUGAAUCUACCGAUGCCACGGAUGCAAGCCCGCCGUUAGAUCCGAUUCAUGCAAAAGCACCUUUACAGACACAAAAUACCAAGGAAGCCGACAGAGUGCAGGAGGUAUCGAACGAGAACCAUCCCAAUGCUGCGUCAGGAGAGGCUGCGGUUCCAUCAGGAAGACGUGAUUCGGGGUCAGAUCGUCGUCGCGGAAAUGAUGCGAAUAUUAGUGGCUCGGAGACUUUGCCAAGGCCCGCAGCUAAGCAACGCGUGGUGUACAAUAGCAAUAACAGUAAGUUCGUGCCUCUUCAGAAGAGUGCGACGAUUGGGGAGAUACGAGACGCAGCUGGUCCUCAGAGAGGGAGAGGCGGUCGGGGCGGUCGUGGUGGUCGUGGUUUCAACCGUGGCGGCGCUACAACUGAUCGACGUAGUAGCUUCUCCGGUGCUGAGAAACCUGCUACGGCACCACCCGCCAGUGGAAAGCCAGCUGAGACGGAACCAGAGACCGUGGAACGAAAACCGUCGACGGAAAUGCGGACAGACCGUCCCGAACGAAAGGAAUAUCAUGGUUCACACGCUUCAUUACGAAGUGGUCGAACAGGCACUCUGCGAAAGAAUCGAGGUGGAGGCGCAGGAUUUGUCAAAGAUCGAACUCCAAGAGAUUCUCGAGAAAGCGACGGACCUUGGUCUGGUGAUAAAGCCGUGGACGGCGAAGCGCACAAAGAGAUACUAUCAUUGCAGCAGUCUAAGCCCUCCGAGGAACCCUCAGAUCGACAAAAUAAAAUCGAAGAUAAAGGGUCGGUGGCGCCGGUAAAGAAAGAUGUCGCCAAGUCUCCUCCCUCCUCUGCUGCGCCAGCUGCAGCUACGUCGUCUUCUACAUCAGUACAGGAUAAAAAGAAAGAAAAGAAGAAAACCAAUAAG